AUGAUUGCUGAGGAUCUUCAACCUUUGUCAAUUGUAGAGAACUCAGGCUUUCGUCGUAUGAUAAAGCUCUUAGAUUCCAGAUAUGAAAUACCUAGCAGAAGGACUCUCGGUAGGACAAUUAUACCACAAAUAAUGGAAAAGGUAAAAGGCGACGUUCAAAGUUUGUUAAAUGCAGCAAGUCAUGUUGCAAUAACUACAGAUAUUUGGACUUCCAUKAAUACMGACUCCUUUAUGACAUUAACCGCUCACUUUGUUGACUCAAAUUURAGAGAGCUAAGAACUGUAGUUCUUUGUACCAAAAAAUUGGAGUCUAACCAUACAGGUGUUUAUCUCUCGCAAAUAAUGUCAAAAGAACUGAGUGAUUGGAAUAUUUUAAAUAAAGUAGUUGCAAUUGUAACGGAUGGUGGUGCAAAUAUUAAAUUAGCCGUGAGAUUAAUGGAUAUUCCACAGAUUCCGUGCACAGCUCACAAAUUAAAUUUAAUUGUGCAGCAKUCACUGGAACUCUCAGAGGAAGAUGAACACGAUACAACUGAUACAGGUGGAUUAAAAAUGAUUUUGAAGAAAUGUCGUAACAUUGUUGCUUUUUUUAAACGUAGUGAAGUUGGUAAUAGGAUAUUGGUAGAAAAACAGAAACAGCUAGGUAUCACCCAAAUAUUAAAAGUGAAGCAAGACGUCCGUACGCGUUGGAACAGUACUUUAUUCAUGUUGGAGAGACUAGUACAACUAAAAGAACCUCUUACAAUUGCGACGAUUUCUUUAACAGAAGCUCCAAUUUUCCUUAACCAUGAUGAAUGGAAUACAAUUCAAGACAUAAUACCUUUAUUAAAACCCUUCAAUAAUUUAACAGUAGAACUUUCCGCAGAACAGUAUCCAACCAUUUCCAAAGUGAUACCAUUGAUAAGAGGUUUACAAGGUUCGUUGGUUACAAAAAUGCCAAGAACGCUAAUUGGACAAGCUUUAAAAACAAAUUUAAUUAAUAAUACAAUGAAACGUUUUGAUGGGUUUGAAAAACAAACGUUAACACCGAGUUUUUCAAGAGCAACCCUGUUAGACCCCAGGUUCAAAAAAGUUGGAUUUGGAGUUGAAGAAAAUGCUAAUKAGGCUGAAAAGUAUAUCAUUUUAGAAAUAGCUGAUCUAUUAGAUACACAAAAUGUUGUAAAUGAACAAGCAGUUAAUGAAGAAGUSAUUAAUGAACAAGWGGAUAAUGUUUGGGAAUUCCUACAAUCCAAGGUUUCUAGCAUACAAUCCCAAAGUACAGUAACAAGCAGUGCUAAUGCCUUGAUGAGACAAUACCUAAAUAUUCCCCAUCAAGACUUAAAAUGUAAUAUUUUUACAUUCUGGGAUCAACACAAGUCUGUGUUAUAUCCACUUGGAAACAUUGCUGAAAAAUAUGCAAUUAUUCCAGCAACCUCGGUGCCAUCUGAACGGAUUUUCUCCAAGGCUG